AUGACGACCGAUACAACAUCCCCGCUCUCGACCAGCGAAGCCUCCCAACUGGUCGACAAGCUCAUCCACAAGCUCCUUCACAACGAAGAUCCGGAUGGCGCCUUCCUUCUCCCGCUCGCGGACGGUCGUGUGAUCGAUACAAAAGGCUGGGCGGGCUGGGAGUGGACGCACGGCGUCGCGCUCUUCGCCUUAUUCGAGCAUCAUACACUCACCUCCUCUUCUACCUCCCUCUCGAUCAUCCACGACUGGUUUGCGAAUCGCAAGCGUGAGGGUGGCACCACCAAAAACAUCAAUACCAUGGCGGCCCUCCUCUCGCUCGCAUGCGUCUACGAGCUGGACCCCCUCUCCCAUGCAUCGUACAAAGAGAUGCUGAUCGAAUGGGCAGAGUGGGUGAUUCACGCCCUACCCAAGACCGAAGAGGGCGGGUUCCAACACAUCACCUACGAUCUGCAAAACGAGGGUCAGCUGUGGGAUGACACACUCAUGAUGACCGUCCUACCCCUCGCCAAGAUCGGUCAGGUGCUGGGCGUCGAGCGGUACGUUGAGGAGGCCAAAUAUCAGUUCUUGCUACAUAUCAAGUAUCUGUACGAUCCAAAGACCGGGUUGUGGUUCCACGGAUGGACGUUCGAGGGUCGACAUCACUUUGCAGGCGCACACUGGGCAAGGGGAAACUGCUGGAUUACGCUGGCCAUUCCACUAUUCUUCCACAUCUUGGGUGCGGAGGAUAAGGAUCUGGCGGAUAAGGGGUCGUUCUUCGCAAGACAUCUGAUCGGUACACUCGAGGCGCAGCUGGAUGCAUUGCUGCCCCUGCAGGAUCAGAAGACGGGGCUGUGGCAUACACUGCUCAAGUACGAUGAUUCGUACGUCGAGUCGUCCGCCACUGCUGGCUUUGCUGCCGGUGCAUACCUCGCGCUCAGAUUCGGGCUGAUCAAGGAUCAGAAGAAGAGAGAGCAGUACAAGACGAUGGCGGACAGAGCGCUCAAAGGCGUAGUCGACAUGAUUGCGGAGGACGGAGAGGUUCAGCAGACGUCGUUCGGCACCGCGAUGGGACACGAUCUCGACUUCUACCGGAAGAUUCCUAUCACACCGAUGCCUUACGGCCAGGCAUUAGCGCUUCUCGCCAUCGUCGAAAGCAUGGCGCUAAGCGGAACUCACUCAAAGACGGCUUGA